CACUCAGGCCUUGCGAGGAGGCCAGGGGACCGAGCGCGCGGGGGGACCGAGCGCGUGGGAGCCCCGAGCUCCCUGUUCCCCGCUCUGGCCCGAGGCAACUUGCACCCUAACGGCCUUUCGGUGCCCAAGUGACUUCUCUUCCGUGCGCUACUUUCGAUUUUCUGGGGCCUACGCCCGAUUGCAGCGACUUCCCAGGGGUUCCGAUGAGCGACAGUAUGUAUGCAGGACACAAGCAGGUAAAGUCUAGAAGACAUUUCAGGAUGGCAGAAAGGACCAAGUUGAUGAAGAAGAUGUAGCCACAUGUGUGUGUUGGCUUUUCUUUGGACCCGUUGUUGGAGUUGCCAUAGGAGCCCCGACUGUGGUUCUCCUCCUGGGGUCGCAGGCCAGCCGGCUCUGUCUGCACAGCUAGCAGGCUCCGGGAGCCCGCGUCCCAGAACCAGGGCUCUGGCGGGGCGAGGCCUGCCUCACCUGGACGACUCCAGGUUUUUCUUCCGGACUGAGGUCGCCGAGGCGGGGUUCCAGGGCGACCUUGACACGUGGCCACGCUGCGGAAACAGGAAGCUGUGAGGAUGUUGGGCCCGGGCUCAGAGGACUGGUGAAAUAAUGGGACCAGGCUAGGGGUGCUCUGCUUUCCGAUGGCCCUUGUGUCGUGCCGAGCGCCCAGCGCAACCCUCCUUAGUUGGCUGACAGAUUAGUCACCCCGGCAGCAGCCAGCCUGAGGCAGAGGGCCCAGCCGCGGAGGCUCAGCAGGAGCAAAUGUACCUGGGAGUCAUCAGGAGAGCUGUGUGGCCGGUACAUGGCUAAGACCUGGACACCAUCUGCCUCUUGCCCAAGAUUCUACAGUUUCCUCCUGGUGAAUUCUCGGUGGAGCUGACUCUCCGUUGCUGACAGCUCCUGGGCAGGAAAAAUGGCCACUAUCAGAUUUGGGUUCAGAAGGCUGAAUUUUCAUCUGUUGAGGAGGAGUUUCUUGCUGUUGAAACUCACAGCUUUUGUCAUUGCUGUUCUUCUAUUUUGUGAAUUUUUAAUCUAUUACUUAGUGAUCGUCUGGUGUAACUGGCCGGAGAUAAAAACUCCAGCCCAUGACAGUGAACGAGAGACUCUGGAACCCGUCCUGAAAGCCAUGUUUUUGGCUGAUACCCACUUGCUUGGGGAAGUAAGAGGCCACUGGCUGGACAAAUUACGAAGGGAAUGGCAGAUGGAGAGAGCCUUCCAGACGGCUCUGUGGUUGUUGCGGCCAGAAGUCGUCUUCAUUUUGGGAGACAUUUUCGAUGAAGGAAAGUGGAGCUCCCCACAGGCCUGGGCAGAUGAUGUGGAGAGGUUUCAGAAAAUGUUCAGACACCCGCCUCAUGUGCAGCUGAAGGUAGUUGUUGGCAACCAUGACAUUGGCUUCCACUACCAGAUGAGCACAUACAGAAUAAAACGAUUUGAGAAAAUUUUCAACCCCGAAAGGCUGUUUUCAUGGAAAGGAAUUAAUUUUGUGAUGGUCAAUAGCAUCGCAUUGGAAGGGGAUGGCUGUAACAUUUGCUCUGAAGCAGAAGCUGAACUCAUCGAAAUUUCUCACAAACUCAAUUGCUCCCUAAAGCAGGAACAGCACUCCCGCCGCUGCGAGGAUGGGCAGCCGCUGCCGGCCUCGGCCCCAGUCCUUCUGCAGCAUUUCCCGCUUUACCGGAGGAGUGACGCUAACUGUUCGGGGGACGACGCCGCACCUCCAGAAGAAAGGGGUAUCCCCUUUAGGGAGAGAUAUGACGCACUUUCUCGGGAAGCCUCACAAAAGCUGCUGUGGUGGCUCCGGCCGCGCCUGGUCCUGAGCGGCCACACGCACAGCGCCUGCGAGGUGCUCCACGGGGCCGGCAUCCCCGAGCUCAGCGUGCCGUCCUUCAGUUGGAGGAACAGAAACAACCCCAGUUUCAUCAUGGGCAGCAUGACGCCCAUGGACUAUGCCCUGGCCAAGUGCUACCUUCCCUGUGAGGACACGGUUCUGAUCACCUACUGUGGAGCAGCUGGGUUCCUUGUGGUCCGCAUAUUAGUUCACUUUGGACUUCUAGCCUCACCUUCUCCUUUUGGUUGGAAGUUGCUCAGAAAAUUUAAGACAAGCUGGUGGUCGAGUGGUUCAAAGGCUCUGACAGGAGGAAUGGCCCAGAAACAUUAACUGGAGAGAAAACAUCCCUGGUUCCCUGUGUCCCCUGAAAGAAGCGUGUGCUGUUAGUGCAGCAUCAUUUGUAAGAUGUGGAAAAUUGAUGUGUGUAAUAUAUAUGUGUAUAUAAUUUAUUUUUAAAGCAAGGAGUAUUUUUCAAAGUACCACCCUGAUAAAAUGUCCUACAUUCUACAGAUACUAUUCAUUCCCUUUCUUAGAGCAAGUGCAAGUAAUGUUGACCCUUAGCUGUUCACAAUAAAAACACAUUGCUUUUACAGGUAUAGCCAUAAUCAAGGCACAGAAAUCUAC